CCUGAUUCCUGCCAUUCUCUUUUCUUACUCUUUCCUAGAAUGAGCGGUCGCAGGCAGGGCAACAUGCUGCCAACUGCGCUGGCGCAGCUCCAAAACCUGAUCAAGCGAGACGCCUCGCUGUACCGCGACGAGUUCCUGCAGCAGCUGCGCCACUACGCCUCCGAGCUCAAGAUCUUCCAGCUCAAGCCGACGACUGCUGCCGGCGCCGCUGUGGAGGCAGCGACCGAUGCGAAUGGAGCCGUCGUGCCAACCGCUGCCGUCAUCCAGUCCAACUCGAACGGCCGCAGCAGCGACAGCGCCAAGCACUUUGCCGAAGUCGUCAUGUUCAUUGCCCAGGUCUCGCAUUGCUUCAAGGAAGAGACGCAGGCCUUCCCCGCCGAAAUCAUGGACUUGCUCGCUCAGCAUGGUCCGCUGCUGGAUCAUGACAUUCGCAUGUCGCUGUGCCGAUCGCUCAUCUUGCUGCGUAACAAGGACCUCAUUCCCUGUGUCAACUUGCUCGAGCUCUUCUUCCAGCUCUUCCGUUGCAGCGACAAGCCGCUGCGAAAGCUGCUGUACACGCACAUUGUCACGGAUGUCAAGAACAUCAACCGACAGCACAAGAACAACAAGGUCAACAAGACGCUACAGAACUUUAUGUACUCGAUGCUGGCAGACCCGCACCCAACAGCCUCCAAAAAGUCGCUCGAAGUCAUGAUUGAGCUCUACCACAAGAAUAUUUGGAACGAUGCGAAAACCGUCAACGUCAUCUCGACCGCGUGCUUCUCGCCUGUGACGAAGAUUAUGGUGACUGCCAUCAAAUUCUUCCUCGGCGUUGAUCAAAAGACAGAAGAGGACGAGGAUCGUGACCCAGACGACAUGACUGUCAAGGACGUCACCAUCAACAACAAGAUUGCCAAAAAGACCAAGCAUCGUGCCCGGAAGCUCAACCGAGCGCUUGAAAAGGCCAAGAGGAAAUUGAACUCGACCGAUCGCACGGCCGCUUUCGCCUUCUCUGCUCUGCACCUUCUUAACGAUCCCCAAGGUUUCUCGGAAAAGUUGUUUGCCAACUUGCGCAAAAGCACUGAACGCUACGAAGUCAAACUGUUCAUGAUGAACUUGAUUAGCCGCUUGGUUGGUGUCCACCAGCUUUUCUUGCUCAACUUUUAUCCCUUCAUGCAACGUUACAUGCAACCCCACCAAAAAGACGUCACUUUGGUCCUCGCAUACGUCGCCCAGGCAUCGCACGAACUCGUGCCGCCGGAUGUGAUGGAGCCCGUGAUCAUGACGCUCGUCAACCAAUUUGUCAACGACAAGAGCUCACCCGAGGUCAUGGCUGUGGGUCUGAACUCUGUUCGCGAGAUUUGCGUUCGGUGUCCGCUCGCCAUGAACGAGACCCUGAUGCGCGAUCUUGCAAUGUACAAGACGUUCAAGGACAAGGGCGUUGUGGCUGCUGCUCGCUCGCUCAUUCAAUUCUACCGUGUGGCCAACCCUGCGCUGCUCCACCGCCGCGAUCGCGGGCGCCCACUGUUGGGCGACGAGGUGGACUCGGAUGACGAGCAAAGUGCCGACGACGUCGAGAGCGCCGACGAGGAUGUCUCGGACGACGAAGAUGGAUCUGCAAUGCAAGUCGAUGACAGCGACAACGAAGCCGAUGCAACCAAAUCCAACAAGAAGGCCGCAGCAGGGCAAAGCGACAGCGAAGAUGAGGACGACAACGAUGAAGCUAGCCUGUCAACCAUGUCUCUUGCACGCUUGAAGCGCAAGGAACGCCGUCUGCUGCAGCAGCAGAAGGCCAAGGAAAAGUCCGAGCGCUCCAAGUCGACCAUGCAGUACGGCCAAGCUCGCAUUGCCAGCUAUGUGCCCGGCGCCGAGUUGUUGGCAGCCGAUCUCGACAUGGACGACAUUAUGCAGGGCAAAACCCACACCGAAGAAGUCGAAGGCGAGGCCGACGAAUGGGAUGGCUGGGAAGAGGAUUCGGACGUCGAGGACAGCGACGAGGGUGAGUGGAUUGAUGUCCAUCAUUCGUCCGACGAAGAAGGCGACCAAGCCGCCGAACCCAAGCGUAAAUUGACCCCCGAGGAGAUGGAAUUAGCUCGUCAAAAGGUCGCGGAGCGCAAGCAAAAGGCUGCUCUGCUGAGUGCAAACCGCAUUCUCACGCCUGAGGAUUACGCUGCCAUUCGCAAGAAGCGCUUGGAGAUGCUCGCAAACAAUACAAUCAACCAACGGCGAUCACGCAAGCGCGGCCACGAAGAAGUGGACAACAGCGCCGAGGCCAUUGAGGAGCGUCUCAUUGAGGACUCUGGUUUGCUGUCUUCGACUGCCGUGGGAGCUGGCUCGAUGCCUUCGGAAACGGUCGAUCCCAGCGCGCUCGAGCCGCAGUUCAAGCGCUAUCGCCAGGACAAGGCAGAGCGUAUGGCCUCGAUUAUGGCUGGCCGCGAAGAUCGCCUCAAGUACGGUUCGCGCAAGGGCAAGCACAACAACCACGCUUCAACCACCAACAAGGAGAAGGCCAAGAGGAAGAAUGCCAUGAUGAUUUUGCACGGCCAGGGCGUCCGCUCCAAGAUCAAGCGUUCGUUCCGCGGCCCACUACACUGCCAUCUCUCGCAACAAGGGUCGUCACAACGGCGAGGCCUAAGGGAAUUCUGGUUGGUAGAUUGCGUUUUUUUUUUGUGGUUUGUUUGUUUGUUUGUUUGCAGCAUUCAUUUGAAACUUGGCACAGAAUAACAUUUCGUGCUUUCUGUUCAUUCAUUCAACGAUGAAUUGUUUAUUGGGA